AUGGAUGUAAAUACUCAUUUGGAAGAUUUAUCAAAUGAGAUAUUCUUUGAAAUAUUUGAUUAUUUACACGUAUUGGAUAUUUUUACUGGCUUUACUUUAUUGAACAGACGAAUAUCAUCUAUUUUACAAUCAAUUCCACUUCAUAUUGUUAUUUCCGGAAAACAUUGUCGUCGUCAAAUUGACUUUCUUUCUUCUCAUCUUACUUUUCAUGAACAUCAAGUCAUCUCAAUAAAUAUUUCCGAUACCAUUCGUGAUGAUUCAUCUAUUAUCAGUUUAUUAUUCAAUCGACACAACUUUUCUCAUCUAAAAUCAUGUAAACUUGUGUUAAUUAACUCAAUGACUACACUUGGUAAUGUUAUUGAACAACUGAAAAGUCUUAAUACACUUGUGUUACUUGAAAUUUUUCAACAAAAUCUGCUAGACAUAACUGAAAAUGAUAAUGAUGAAUUUUCUCAAAUUCUAUUAACACUCAAAUCAUCUUCUCUUCGUUCAGUUGAACUUCAAUAUCCUUCUCAUUACUUACAUAUAUCAAAUUAUGCUUCCAUAGGUUCAAAUUUUACAUCACUUAGUUUACGAAUUGCUGGUUCACGUUCAAUCGUAUCUGUUCAUUCAGUUUUACGAGUUUUUCGUCUUUGUCAUAGAAUACGAUAUCUAUGUAUUAUAUUACAACAUGACAAACGAUUUAAAAAUAAUAAUGUUAAUAUUCCAAGUGAUUUACCACUUACGAAUGAAAAUGAUCUUCCUAUAUUAUCACAAUUGACAAGUUUCGAUCUAACACUCACUGCUAUGUUUGAUAUUUGGUCGAUUUCGCAUAUUUUAUGUUGUAUGCCUAAUCUCAAAUAUUUUUAUUUUCAUCUGAUCCCGCCAAGUGCACACUGGCCAUUUACUGAUCAAUAUGUCGAUGGAUAUGUAUGGAAAAAAAUGUUUGAACUUCAUCUGCCAUGUUUAUCGAAAUUUCAAUUUCAUAUGACUAUUAUAAAAAGAUUGCCAAAAAUAAACUUAGAUUUUGUUGUUACUUCAUUUAAUUACUUUGUUAACAAGUAUUCUAAUUGGCACAUGAUUGUUGAUCGAUGGACAUAUAGUUCUCACCCUCAAGAAGAAUAUAUUGUGCUACGAACAUUGAAUUAUGGCAAACGCAAAUCAAUUUCAAAAGUAGAACUUGGUUUUCUUAAUUGUGCAACAUUUGAAAUACGAUCAACAAGAAAAACAAGAGAUGAUCAUUAUUCUUUUUAUUCUGAUAUAGAAGAUAUAGAAUUAUACAUAACAAAUGAAAGAUCUAAUGUUACUUGGUCUUCUCCUUUAUUUCAACAUAUUACUUAUCUUGUCAUUGAAAUGUCAAUAAUAAAAUCAUCAUGGUGGAACUAUUUAUCUAAUAUUGUUAAUUUUCAACGAGCAACUGAUGACAAGAACAAUGCACAAGAAAAUCUUAAUUAUUUAUCAUGUUUUAUUCAUUUACCAAAUGUAACUAAAAUAGAAUUUCAAUCAACAUUUGAUAUUAAUCGAUGGAAAGAUAUUGAGCUUAUUUUACUAGCAUGUCCAAAUGUACAUAGUCUUAUAAUUAACACUUCAUUAUUAGUCUUAUCAAAAUUAAUUGAUAAUUCAUCUCUUAUUCCAAUUUUUAAACAAAUUAAAAUGAUUAAAACAAUAACAGAAAACAUUUAUUUUCCUUCAGCUUUCGCCUCAAAAUUUGUUCAACGUUUUCCAUCACUUUGUCAUAUUGAACUUCAAGUAUUCUCAUUUGAUAUUUGUUCAUUUAUUAUUGAUAUAUUUCUCACUGAAUUGAAACAAAUAUCUUAUAUUGAAAUCAAUUAUAAUGAUGAUACAUUUUUCGAUGAUCCUUUUUCAUGUGAAUAUAUCAUAACAAAACGUCAUCAAGCAUUUCCUCUAGACAUCAUUAAUGAACAAAUGGUUAAUGUCAAAAAUAAUGACGAAGUUAUUCAAAUUUGGUUAUCAUGA